UGUCAAAGUUCAUACGUACAAUAUGUAGUGAGAAGCAACGUAUCGUGAAAAAUAAAAAUAUUUCUAAUUUAUGUUGAAAUAAAUGUAUUUAAGAAGUGCUAGUGGAUAAUUAUUGUUAAAAAAUGGAUAAUAUUACACUUCUAUAACCGAAGGAAGGAUUUUUAUUUUAUGUUAAGUGUUUGAACAGCAAGAUGUUAAUCAAAGAAUAUAGAAUACCAUUGCCACUCACUGUAGAAGAGUAUCGCAUAGCCCAAUUGUAUAUGAUAGCGAAGAAAAGCCGAGAAGAAAGUUCCGGUGAGGGUAGUGGAGUUGAGAUUAUUGUUAAUGAGCCAUAUGACAAUGGCCCUGGUGGAAACGGGCAGUAUACACAGAAAAUAUAUCAUGUUGGAAGCCACUUGCCAGGUUGGUUCAAAAGCCUACUUCCUAAAUCAGCCUUAACAGUGUCUGAAGAAGCAUGGAACGCUUAUCCCUAUACUAAAACAAGAUACACCUGUCCAUUUGUUGAAAAAUUUUCACUUGAAAUUGAAACCUAUUAUUUUGCUGACAAUGGUCAUCAGGAAAAUGUCUUUAAAUUAUCAGGAAGUGACUUAAAAAAUAGAGCUGUUGAUAUUAUCGAUGUAGUUAAGGAUCAGCUUUAUGGUGCGGAUUACGUGAAAGAAGAAGAUCCAAAGAUAUUUGUUUCUCAAAAAUGUAACAGAGGGCCAUUAUCGGAGUCAUGGCUCGAAGAUUACUGGCGUGAAGUUCAAGGCAAAACACAGCCAUUACCGAAUGGAAAAUCACUCAUGUGUGCGUAUAAGUUGUGUAGGGUGGAAUUCCGUUAUUGGGGAAUGCAAACUAAAUUGGAAAAAUUUAUUCACGAUGUGGCGCUUAGAAAAACGAUGCUUCGAGCUCAUCGUCAAGCAUGGGCCUGGCAAGACGAAUGGCACGGCUUGACUAUGGACGAUAUAAGAGAAAUUGAGAGGCAAACACAGCUGGCUUUGCAAAAGAAAAUGGCGGGAGAUGUUGGUGAAGACACUGAUUUAUCUGAAGAGAAUUCAAAGUCUUUAGCUGCUACUAUGAGCAGUCUUGAAAAGAAUGAGGAUACUGCGAGUCCAGUAUCAGUCAAGAAAGGUAUGGAAAAGAGAGUACAAAAGCAAUUAAGUCCUGAAAGUACUCCUCCAUCAGAGCCCAAAUCAUGUUCAAAGUCUAACCUUAGAUCAUCUUCUUCGGGGUCCUUAAAAAGCUUGCAAGUCCAAGUGGCCAGUUGGAGAAUGGAAACUCUUGUUAGGGAAUCAGAAACAGAAACUGGUUCUGAAGAUGAGUUUUAUGAUUGCGAAUCAUCAUUUAACAAAUGGUCUUCGAUGUGUUCUUUAGAUGAAGGUGAUAUAGAUAUCUCACCAACACAAGGUGAUCUGAAUCAAGAAGACAGUAUAUUUAAUCCCACGUUCUUAAAACGAGUUACGUCAGAAAGAGGUUCACGAAGAUUGACAAGCUUGCAGAGUCACCAGAGCAUAGACGGAUGUCCUGAUACUCCAGUUCAUAGCUCCUGUCCUACAACAGUCUUAAUACUUGUUUUUCACGCUGGAAGUGUACUUGAUGCAAAUGUUGACAUGACUGCAAAGAAAUCUGACGUCACUACAUUUAAAGGAGCCUUUGAAUCGGUUAUGCGUCAACACUAUCCCACUCUUGUGGGACACAUUACUAUAAAAUUAGUUUCGUGUCCUUCUCUCUGUACAGAGGCUCUUGGAGUAUUAUCUACUUUGAGUCCCUACAGCUUUGAUUGCUCCCCAUCUACAGUAGACAGUCCAUCUCUGACAAAUGAUCUCAUACCGAUAGGUGCUAUACCACUUAUCGCAACCUCCUCUCCAGAGUAUCAUGAAUAUGUAACUAAAACUAUCACAGCUGCAAAUGUUGUUUAUAAUGAUUUUAUCAAGUCAGAUGAUGGAAAAGGUUUUAACGGUCAGGUCUGUAUUGUUGGUGACAGUAUGGGCUCUAUAUUAGCAUACGACGCUUUGUGUCGAACUUUACAAUAUCAGUCACGACAUGAUAGUGAAAAUAGUAUAUUAGAUACUGAAAUAACCAUCCGUAACGAGCCAUCAGAACAUUACUUAAAUAAAUCUCAUCUUCAAGCUCCGACGCCAAGAAGACGAUCGUCUACAGCCAGCGACAAUCAAACAAAGUUGGAAUUUGAAGUUAGUGACUUCUUUACCUUUGGGAGUCCGCUCUCACUUAUCCUAGCUUCAAGAAAAAUAUCAGAUGACAAAUUUAAAGAUCUCACGAAGCCACCUGUCCAACAAAUAUACAACUUAUUUCACCCAACGGAUCCUGUCGCGUCUAGAUUGGAACCAUUGCUUUCAGCAAGAUUUAGUAAUCUAGCGCCGAUUAAUGUAGCUAGAUAUGCUAAGUAUCCUCUGGGCAACGGACAACCAUACCAUUUGAUGGAGCUUAUACACACUCAUCCGACGUUAUUCGGCGACCAUCUACCAAUGCCACCUACUCCUGUUUUAAGAAGACUUUCUGAAGCAUCAGUGCAAAGUACAGUUAGUGGUUUAGUGGAUAAUAUACCAUUGAUCACAAUGAAUGCCCUCCAACAAAAAUGGUGGGGCACGAAGCGAUUGGACUAUGCCCUUUAUUGCCCCGAAGGGUUAACAAACUUUCCUAUGAAUGCUUUGCCACAUCUAUUUCAUGCAAGCUACUGGGAAAGUUCGGAUGUUAUUGCUUUUAUAUUGAGACAAGUGGGUCAUUUUGAUUUGGCUCUAUAUGGUCAACAAGAAGAUAAAGACUGUUCUCUGUUUAAACCAGGACAGGAUAAGGAAAAGUGGAUGAGGAAACGUACAUCGGUUAAAUUAAAAAAUGUCGCAGCCAACCAUAGAGCCAAUGACGUGAUUGUCGGCGAGGGCUGUCCACAAACGUUCAUUGCUAGAUUUAUGUACGGGCCUUUAGAUAUGAUUACAUUGACCGGGGAGAAAGUAGAUAUACAUAUGAUAAGAGACCCGCCUGCUGGUGAAUGGACUUUAUUAUCAACAGUUGUGACUGACAAAACUGGAAGGAUUACUUACACACUGACUGAUAAGCAAAGCGUCGGAUGUGGUAUCUAUCCCGUCCGAGCAGUCGUACGUGGUGAUCACACCAGUUGCAACUUCCAUCUAGCUGUGAUACCUCCACAAACGGAGUGUGUAGUAUUCAGUAUUGACGGAUCUUUCACGGCGAGUGUUUCGGUUACUGGUCGAGAUCCGAAGGUGAGGGCUGGUGCUGUGGAUGUCGUACGUUUCUGGCAGGAUCUCGGUUAUCUCAUCCUGUAUAUAACAGGAAGGCCGGAUAUGCAACAAAGGAAAGUCGUCUCCUGGUUAGCGGAACAUAAUUUUCCUCACGGUUUAGUCUUUUUCUCGGAUGGAUUCUCCACCGACCCUUUGGGUCACAAAGCGGCGCAUCUACACAGUCUCAUAACCGAACAUGGAGUUAUAUUCCAAGCAGCCUACGGUUCGGGUAAAGAUAUCAACGUGUACCACAACUGUGGUUUACCGCAGAAGCAAAUAUAUGCGAUUGGUAAGAUUAGUAAGAAAUAUAAUAACCUAGCGACAACCUUGAAUGACGGUUACGCUUCUCAUUUGGCGGACUUGAAGCAACCAGGGGCUGUGAGGCCUGCCAGGGGGAACGCCAGACUUCUCGUACCGCGGCGUCUACUCGCAUCAGUAAGUAAUUCCUCUUCCCGUGGACGUCGCUGAACAAUACAUUAUCACAGAAAUAUCUAUUAUAAUCCAAUUAGCCAGUUACAUUUUAUUUCCAUUUCAUUGAUAUCUUUAAAGAUUUUAAAAUUAAUUCUUUUUAUUCCACAGAUACAGAUAAAAAAGAUUUAUAUUUUUUCAUUGUGAAUAAUUAUUAUACCUAUAUAACAAAAAAUACGUGUAUGUAUUAAAUGUAGGUCUUUAUAGACGUAAAAUAUUAUAUAAGUUUACUCUUCACUGCGUACCUUACUAAUUUAUUAUUAUAGUAUAUUGUAUCGUGUUGUGUAAAGUCUGUUACUAAUGGGAUAAUCGCCCGUGUAGUAGUCGCGUAUUCUAUUGUUAAUCCAUUUGGAAGGCUGGGAAUCUCGUAAUAUAUUCAUCGGAAAUCUAGUCUUAUAAGGCCGCAUACACAUCGUACCGUGGACUGCACAUAUAUUCUGAUCUAACCCUAAAAUCUUUAACAACAAACAAUAAAUGUUUUUAUAUCCACAAUAUUUUCGAGUUAUUCGUUCGAAUAAUUUAUCAGGUGGUAGUUUUAUUUCCUGUUUAUGAAUACAAACCCGAUAUCGGACAGGGAAUUGUGAUCGGCAGUAUAGUGUGGAUUUGAUGUAAAGCUGAAUUCAAGCUAUUCAUAUGUCAAGGGUAUUCUAUAAAUAGACUAAUGAAAAAAAAAAAUAUACAGCCUAUUGCUUUAUAAACAUACGGUAAAUACAACAAGUUUCAUCUUUAUAUAUUAGUAUAGGUGAAUGAGUUACAAAACGUUAGUAUUGAUGUUAUUAAGUAUUAACUACGCUUUUCAAAUAUAAUGAUACCUAUUACUGUAAUUUGUUAUAGUCA